AAAUGAAUAGUCCUGAAUUGCCACAACCAAUCAAGUUCUCUUCUCUCCUAAUUUGAUUUCAAUGUUCAUUACUUUUGUCUUACUCCGAUCGCCAACACCCAAUUUAUAUUUAGAAGUACCCAGCUGCAGAUUUGGCCUUUAAACGGGGAGAACAGGAUUUGGAUUGCGUUGUGUUUCAAGGGGCAAUCUUUGGUGGGUGCCUCGAAUUUAUGGGAUAAAGGCCAGAUUUCCAGGUCGUUUUGGUGGGUGCCGAGAAUUUUAGGGGGCUGAGGCCAGUUUUGCAGGUUGUCUUUGGUGGGCGCUUCGCUGAAUGGGUUAAGAUGCUGCCUCGAGGUGGGUUUGUGCAAAGAGUCUUCUGUCCUGAGUUCUGUAUUAGGCGGACAGCUGGGAUUUUGAUUAAUUUUGAGCUGGUUCUAUCCGAAGGGUGACUGGACCAAGAAGUGCAGUCAGGAGCAGAAGAGGAGUCACACAGUCUCCUGGAUCAACUCAUCCUAACAGUAGCAAUAAUUUACAGAAUAAUAUUAGUAACUUUCAUGAAACUGGCAUGUGCAAAUAUGCCAAAGGCUGCAGUGUUAUUCUAAAUGGGACAAGUACCAAUGGAACAAAUGCUGAUAUGAACCAUUUAAAUUCAGAGCAACAGGAGGUUGAGCAUCCAGCAGUCAAACCCAAUGUUAUGGCUGGUGGAUGUUCAAGAACUUCUGGAUGUGCAUCAGGACAAUCAAUAUCUAUGGACAGUGGAAGCAUCGACUCUCCCUCUAGAGGUAAUGGUGCAGCAAUCACUAUGGUCGCACCAAUCAAGCACAUUGCAAGGGCACCUGUAGACUCUCUUGACAUGGAUUCUCCUGAGACUGUAGGGAGCACAAAGAAGAGGAAAAGAGGAACACGAGUUACUGGUGGGGAGAAAGGAGGGAGGGGUCUUAGACAGUUUAGCAUGAAAGUCUGUGAGAAGGUCCAAAGCAAGGGCCGGACUACCUAUAAUGAGGUUGCAGAUGAACUUGUAGCUGAAUUUGUAAAUGUCGACAGCAAUUGUGCUUCGCCAGAAAGGCAACAAUAUGAAGAGAAAAAUAUUAGGCGGAGGGUAUAUGAUGCAUUAAAUGUGCUCAUGGCAAUGGAUAUAAUAUCAAAGGAGAAGAAGGAAAUUCAAUGGAAAGGUUUGCCUAGCACUAGUGUAGAGGAUGUUGAACAGCUUGAGGCUGAGAAGUUGCUAGUGAAAAGUAGAAUUGAGGAGAAAGCAUCUUAUCUACGUGAACUUGAAGAACAGUAUUUAGGCAUACAAAAUCUGGUUUCGAGGAAUGCACAUUUAUAUGGUUCUGGAAAUACUCCAGCACGGGGUGUAACAUUACCUUUCAUAUUGGUCCAGACACGUCCACAUGCAACUGUUGAGAUUGAGAUAUCUGAAGAUAUGCAAUUCGUUCACUUUGACUUGGACAGCACACCAUUUGAGCUACGGGAUGAUGCAUAUGUACUGAAAGAAAUGGGAUUUUGUGAAAGCCCAUCUAGCACUGGUGUGCAUGCUGGCCAUGAAGAUUGCUGCAAUGGAACUAGUUUUGAUGAAAAUAAGUCACUGGUAUCUAGCUUGCAGCCUUAUCACACGCCCUCACAUCCUCAGUUGCAGGGCAUUGGUGGUUCAUAUUCCAUGUCUUCCUCUCCUGUGAAAAAAUACACAUAUCCACCUGUUCCAGGUAUAUUAAAAGGCCGUGUUAAGCAUGAACACAUCUUACAAUGACCCACGAUGUGAAUUUGUGCAGUAUGUAUUUUUAGUGCAAGUGCAUUUUGCAGAUACAAUCUGAAGUUGUUCUCAUUUGUGAUUUUUGUUGUUCAUGACAUCAUGAGUUAAAGAAUGUCGUUUUAGCAUGGGUAUGGCAAAUAUCCCAUCGGAAAGAGUCCUGGUAUACUUUAAGCUAGAGCCUAAAAGAAAGUUGUACUUAGCCUGCCUAUAGUCAUGGUUGUCUUUAUAUAGGGCUGUGAGUUCUGCAGACUUUCGUCUGCUUCUGUAUGCCACAUAAUUUAUUAAAAAAUAGUGGCAAAUAUAUACAGCAUGUCCAGUGCAUGGAGAUACCCAUGAUUAAUAUUCUUUUGCAACUUUCUGGAGCAACACAUUUUUGCUUGAUGCUUAUGAUUUAAUUUGUUUAAAUCAGUUCAAAUCCACAAUCAAGAUACCCAUGAUUAAUAUUC